AUGCCAUCUAUUCGACAGAUCUUCGUCUAUGGGAUGAUAUUCUCAUCCGCAACUACUAUUGGGUAUGACUCUGGAUACCUGAAUGGUGUGCUUGGAUCUGAAGACUUCAUACGUCGCUACGGAGUGAGCGAUGAUGGUGGAGACUCUAUGUAUUUGACACCGUACACUCGAAGCGUCUUCUCUUCUCUUCUUGUCGUCGGAACUGUCAUCGGAUGCCUGCUCAACCCACUGGUUACUGAAAAGAUUGGUCGUAAGGGCAGUCUUUUUGUGGCUUCAAUUGCAUAUGCUCUAGGUGUUAUACUCCAGACUAUUGGACUGCCACCUGCAGCUUUUGUAAUUGGUCGAAUUCUACUUGGCAGCGCUCUCGGCUUCAUAUCCAACACGGUACCGGCCUACCUCAUGGAGUGUUCCACACCGACAAAUCGAGGAAUGCUCAUGGCUUGCUAUCUGCAAUUCCUCACCACUGGAAACGUGAUCGCUUGUGGUAUCAGUUACGGCACAUCGAAAUAUGCCGAUUCCCGAGGUUGGCGGGUCACGAUUGGUUUCCAGUUGUUCCUGGCGGUAGCAAUCUUUUUCGGUGCCAUAAUAUGCCCUGAAUCACCGUUUGUGUUGACGAAACGCAACAAACUUGUCGAAGCUCGGCAAGCAAUUGGCAUCCUGAAGAAUCUCGAACCCGAAUCGCAAGACGUCGACAAGGCUAUGGAAGAGGUGCAAGCAUAUGUUGAUGAAAUAGCUUCCCAUGGAAACGUGCGUGUCCUCGAAUGUUUCCAGGGAACCAACUUGCGACGAACCCUUCUCGGCAUAGCCAUGUCCUUCUUUACCAUUGCUACGGGCAUCACAUUUUGGUUCGGAUACGGGACAACAUUCUUCAUUGCUGCGGGUGUCAACAAUUCUUACAUGAUUUCGUUGAUCCUGGCCAUUGUUAACUGUGUCUUCACGGCACCAUCCAUUUACCUGAUUGAGCGCCUUGGAAGGAGAAAGUCCUUGCUGUGGGGAGGCGCUAUCAUGGUAUUGACUCAAAUUCUUACAGGAGUGAUUCACACCGUUGCCCCUAAUAGCAACACUAAUAAGAACAUGCUUGUGGUGGGUGCCGUUAUUUUCAUCGCGGCAUAUGCACCGACUUGGGGCAUUGGAGGAUGGGUCGUGAUGACUGAGCCGUUUUCGAACCGAAUGCGAGUUUAUCAGACGGCGGUAGUCAUGACCUCGUACUGGACCGUGACAUGGAUGGUUGGUUUCGUUACGCCGUAUAUGGUUGAUGAGACAGCUAGUAAUCUUGGGGUCAACGUUGCAUAUAUCUGGUUCGGCGCGGGUGUCUUGUCCAUUAUUUGGGCAUACCUGUGUGUCCCGGAGUUGGCUGGCCUCUCCACAUCUGAAGUUGAUCUUCUCUUUGAGGGACGAGUGGCCGCCUGGAGAUCAGUGGCCUGGCAAAAGGAACUGCGAACUCUUCACUCCGUAGAGAUGUCUGGAUCCAACGAAAAGGUGGCAUCCGUGGCGAGUGAGAAAUUGGAUGGCGGAGAGAAGGUUUAAACUUACGCUUGGUCUGUUCUUCACCUGUAGCUCCUGUAGCCGCAUUUACU